AUGACCUCCUUACAAAAUGUUGCCUUCGUUCUCGUCCCAGGGGGGUUUUCGGGGCCGGAAUGCUAUGGAAAGGUGGUGGACAUAUUGCACGCAACUGGAGGGGAGGUCCACGCUUUGCGUAACCCUUCUGUGCCUGUCGAGAAAACAGAUUCAUCCAAGCUGCACACUAUGCAUGACGAUGCACGGCAGGUAGCCAGAGCAAUCGAGGCGGCGACCGGUCGCGGCAAAGACGUCGUGGUGGUGAUGCAUUCGUAUAGCGGAUUCCCUGGCACCGAAGCUGUCAAAGGUCAGGACAAGACAAGCAGGGCGGCACAAGGUCAAGAAGGAGGAGUGGUCGCAUUGGUCUACAUUGCCAGCGUGAUCCCAAGUAUGGGAAUGAGCAUGCACAGCUUCACGAUGGCGGAAAGGCUACCGACGAUUCUGGGUAAUUUAGUCAGAUCGAACCUAGCUGUGGGCUAUGUCUCCAACGCGUUCUUGUCAGCCUUGACAACGACGGCACUAUACGUCACCGGACAGGCAAGUGAUGAAUCCCCUCCUCAUCCUCUUAGAACCAUAUUCUUAUUGGACGAAGCAUCGAAGUAUUUCGACACAUUGCGGCCACAGGCUGCCGCAACAUUUGCUGGACGAGUCACUUUUCCUGCAUGGAAGACUGUCCCGGUAACCUAUAUAUGUGCUGCAAAGGACGAAAUCAUUCCACCACAUGCGCAACGGAAAAUGGUGGGUCGUUUACGGAGACAAGGAAUUCGGAUAAACGAGGUUGAGCUUCCAACAGGGCAUUUACCGACCCUGAGCAUGCCGGAGGCUAUUGCAAAGGCUAUUGUCGAUGCGGCAGGGCAAGCAAACACCUCCUAG